AUGCGACUAUCAUCUCUCUUCAUCGCCAUAGGCCUUUCUCUGGCCGUACAAGCCUCCUGGUUUGGCGGAAACAACGAAGGCUCCCCGCCGUAUAGUACCUGGUCAACGGCCGAACUCCGACUCUGGCUCGAGGAACACUCUGUCCCAGUACCGAAACACACUACUCCAACCCAAGCAGAGCUCCGCGAUCUCGUCGCAGCCCACUGGAACUCCUAUUCAGCAUGGACGCAAGACCAAUACGCCGCGGCGCAGAAAACCUUUGCGGACAUCCGCGACUCGACGUUUGAGAAAUGGGACGAAUCGACGCUUCGUCAGUUUUUGCUCGAGCAAGGCGUCAUUGCACCCAAGGGCACCAAGGAGGAAUUGGUUCUCCUAGCAAAAGAAAAGUAUAAAGCGUACACCGACGCAGCGAGUUCUUUCUCUGCUCGCGCGAGCACGGCUGUGUAUGGGGAUUCGGCGUAUCAGAUGACCAAGAGCGCUUCGAGUCUCGUGUCUCAGGCUUCGGCGGCUGUGGCAAACCGGUUUGAUGAGAGCAAGGAUUAUGUCUAUUCGUCGUGGGAUGAGGCUCAGAUGCGGAAGUACCUUGAGAGCAAAGGGCUGUUGAAGACGAAAGCGCAGAAGGAGCACGCGGAGUUGUUGGAGAUGAUGCAUGGUGUGUAUGGACGGGCGACGAAGCCGAUUUGGAAGGCUUGGAGUGAUUCGUAUAUUCAUCACUGGCUCGUAUCUCACAAUAUUAUCAAGUCGACUGUGCAGAAGAAUCGCGAGUAUUAUCUUGGGUUGAUGGAAAAGUAUUAUUACGACCAGCUGGACACCGUGUGGUCGACCUGGUCCGAUUCUCAGCUGAAACAAUGGCUUGUGGAGCAUGACGUUAUCAAGAGCGAUGCGCAGGUCACCAGAGACAAAAUGACGAAGUUGAUCCAGGACAAUUACUACUCGGCCAAGGAUACAUUUUGGCAUGCCUGGUCUGAUAACCAAGUACGGGACUACCUCGUUGAGAAUGGAUAUAUCCGUUCUGACGCUCAGGUCCGGCGCGACGAGUUGUAUAAACUUGCGAAUGAAAAGUACAACGACGCCUCUGCUAGGACCGCUGCGUAUCUUGCAUGGCCCGACGCGCGCCUUCGUGCAUAUCUAAGGGAGCACGGCAUCAGCGAGGAAGUGGUUCCAGGCGACCGUCCUGGGCUUCUUCAGGAGACUCGCAUUCGUUGGGUCCAAACACAGACUCGCGCCGAAGCGCUGCUAGCCAAGAUCCAAGAGCUGGUGAAUGACAGUGUGUAUAAAACUGAAGACGUUCUUUCGCGCGUGUUGAGCGUUCUUAGUGGGGGAUGGGUCGAGGUGAGGGAUCGCGUGACGAAUGGGUAUGAUGUACACCAGCCAGUGGAGACGGCUGAAAAGGCGUAUGAGGAGGCGAAGAAGAGUGGGGAAAGUUAUAAGGAGGAUGUGAAGGGGAAGGCGAAGGAGGCGAAGGAGACGGUUGAUGAGAAGGUUAAGGCUGGGCAGAAAGCUACGAGCGAACUUUGA